AUCAUCUUUUCCUCUUUCAAAGUAGAACCACAUAACAAAAACACUAAUCAAUUAAUAGGAGUAUCUACCACUAAUGUUACUUCAGGUUGGUUACACUCAUUACUAUUUAAAUGUGACGACUCAAUGCAGUGCAGAGUGUACUAACCAGAACAAAAAACCAUUCAUAUACAAUGGACCAGUUAACCAGAAACCAAGCAAAUUCAACAGCUCUAACCCCACUCACCUUCUUAGAAAGAGCAGCCACUGUCUAUGGCAACUCCAUUUCAAUCAUAUACAACAAUACCUCAUUCACUUGGUCUCAAACCCACAAAAGAUGUCUUCAACUUGCUUCAUCACUUUCUUCCCUCGGCAUCCAAAAAGGCGACGUCGUCUCCGUCCUUUCCCCCAACACUCCGGCCAUGUAUGAGCUUCAUUUCUCCGUUCCAAUGUCCGGCGCCAUUCUCAAUAACCUCAACUUCCGACUCGACCACAAAAGCCUCUCUGUUCUCCUCAUCCAUAGUGAAUCGAAACUCAUCUUUGUUGACAUUCUCUCUCUUUCUCUUACACUCAACGCUCUCUCAUUAUUCCCAACAAACAUCCAACAACCUAAGCUCGUCCUCAUCAUGGAUGAAACCCUAGCACCAAACCAGAUUCCUCCACUUCCAAAAAACGUAAACAUUAUCAACACCUAUGAGGGUCUUGUAACAAAAGGUGAUCCAAAUUUCAAAUGGAUUCAACCUAACUCAGAGUGGGAUCCUAUUACGUUAAACUACACCUCCGGAACGACUUCAUCUCCGAAAGGUGUAGUGCAUUGUCAUAGAGCAACGUUCAUUGUUUCCCUUGAUUCACUCGUUGAUUGGUCAGUUCCGGUUCAACCGGUUUUCUUGUGGACAUUGCCUAUGUUUCAUUCUAAUGGAUGGAGCUACCCGUGGGCAAUGGCUGCAGUUGGAGGAAUAAAUAUCUGCGCGCGUAGGAUUGACGCGCCGACGAUCUACCGUUUGAUUGAGUCUCAUGGUGUAACACACAUGUGUGCUGCACCGGUUGUGCUUAACAUGCUGUCAAGUUUCAACAAAACUGAACCGUUAAAAAAACCGGUUCAUGUUUUGACAGGAGGGUCUUCGCCACCGGCGACUAUUCUCUGUCGUGCUGAGUUAUUAGGGUUUGAGGUUAGUCAUGGAUAUGGAAUGACGGAGACAUGUGGAGUGAUAGUGUCGUGUGCUUGGAAGAGAGAAUGGGAUAGGUUUCCGGCGACGGAGAGGGCGAGGAUGAAGGCAAGGCAAGGUGUGAGGAGGGUGGGGGUGGCGGAGGUUGAUGUGGUCGGACCCACUGGUGAAAGUGUAAAGAAUGAUGGUGUAACGGUUGGUGAAAUCGUUGUAAAAGGUGCUUGUGUUAUGCUUGGUUAUUUAAAAGAUGAAUAUGCCACGUGGCAGUGUAUGAGAAAGGAUGGUUGGUUUUACACGGGUGAUGUUGGGGUUAUACAUAAGAAUGGGUAUAUGGAGAUUAAGGAUAGGACAAAAGAUGUGAUAAUAAGUGGUGGAGAGAAUAUGAGUAGUGUGGAGGUUGAGGCUGUUUUGUAUAUGCAUCCGGCGGUUAAGGAGGCGGCGGUGGUGGCGAGGCCGGAUGAGUUUUGGGGCGAGACGCCGUGUGCAUUUGUGAGUUUGAAUGACGAGUUGAAGGAAGAGGAGAUACCGACGGAGAAGGAGGUUAAGGAGUUUUGUAGAGAGAAGUUGCCACAUUUUAUGGUGCCUAAGACGGUUGUGUUUAAGGAGGAGUUGCCAAAGACUUCAACUGGAAAGAUUCAAAAACAUGUGCUUAGAAGGGUUGCUAGGGCUAUGGGGUCCUUGCCAAUACUACCACCACUACUACUUCCAAGUCGCAUUUAAUCAUGCAACAUGCUUCCCAAUUCCCAUUAAUGAUUUAUGCAUUUUUGAGAUGAAGAGGGAGAGAAUGAGAGAGUAUAAUGUGGUAUGCUGCUGGUUAAGAUGGUCUAAAAUGGCUCAUCAAAUUUGAUUUAUUUCUAUAUUAUUUCAAAGCUAAUACGUAGGUUUUUUUUUCUUCUUGUAUGUAUCUUCAUGAUUCAAGCAUUUAUAUUUUAUACCAACUAUAGUUUGUGUUUACUUCUUGUAUGGGUCUAUUAUUUUAAGGUUGGUGAGAUGCAAAUUAGACAGAUAGUUGCAAGUCUUGGUCCAUAUGUCUAUUUAUAUGCUUGUGGUA